AUCUCCUCAAGUAUAGUGAAACUGGUUUUAUCUUGCUCGUGGUCUAACUAACACACAUUCUAUUAGUGAACCAUGCAAAUCUGUGGGUUCUUUACUUUCUUGUAUUGUCGAUUUCCAGAUCCAUUCUAACAAUGAACAAUAUGGAUAAUUUAUUAAUGUUAUUAGUCUUUAUAUCAAUAUGAACCUAAUAAUAUGGAUCUUUUUUUUGUUUUUGUUGGUGGGAAGAAUAAUAUGGAUCUUAUUAGUCUUUAUUGAUAUAUAUAUAUAUAUAUAUAUAUUUGUUGAGAAUAUUUUAAUAAUAUUACGACAUAGAUUUUCAGAGAAAUUAUAUAUAGGUGGGUGCAAGGUUGUCAACCCGCGGGUCGACCCAUCGAUUGACCUGCUUUGACCCUGAUUCAGUGAGAAAAAUGGAUCGUACACACCCAUCGGGUAGACCCGCUACAAGGUAUUGAAUUGGAGGUCAAACGACAUCGUUUUUUCUUUAUUUUGCGAAAUGCGCUUAUUUUCCGAUUUUUCUUUUCGUAUUGUACAAUCUUUGGAAUUCUAAAUUGAACAUUAAUGUUAUAUAAGCAUGUGUGAAUUUCACUAUAUGUUAGAUCCAAGUACGACAUGUUAUUUUGGUGUAAUGUUACAUGUUAUUACUCAUAUGUUGGAUGAGAUUUCAUAUAAUUUAUAUAUGUAUUAACAAUAUUAUGAGUUUUACGAUAUGUCCGAGUUAAACCGAGCUAAAGUGGUCGACCCAUUAACCCUCAACUCAAUUGCUUGACCGGGUCAACGGGCUAAACCGGUUGACAACCUUGGGUGGGUGGGAUUUGGGAAAUUGUUUAAUUUCCAAAGUAGACCUAGGGCCAAAUUUGUGUAACCCAUUUUCUUUUCCACGGGCCCUGAAUGCUACGUCUAUAUGGGCUCAGGAUCCUCCUCUCUGUUUGGGCCUAAAAAAGAAAAACCAACCUAGCCUGGUAGCCUUCCCUGCCAUAUGAGCAAUUCACCCGUACAUCUCUCGAGUCGCCUCGCCUGGAGUGUUCACUUUUAGGAACGCAAGAGCUGCCAUACUCCAACACCGAAGAGAGUGAAAGGGUUUUUAGUGCUAACCAAAAUCUCGUCUUGAUCUGCUACCAGACUCUGCUAGUUAAGCCUCCAUCUAGCAUUCUUCAGUGCAAAGUGCGGCGGAUCGGAAGUUCCUCUGCGCCAAAACCCAACUUCUUCUAGGGUUUCUCUCCUGCCAGUGAGUAAUAUGGCGCUCUCAUCCCAAACUCUUGAUAUUCAUGGCGAACGACAGUCCGGCCAGGAUGUCCGCGCUCAAAACGUCAUGGCUUGCCAAGCAGUUGCCAACAUCGUCAAAUCGUCCCUUGGUCCCGUCGGGCUUGACAAGAUGCUGGUCGAUGAUAUUGGUGAUGUUACAAUUACUAAUGAUGGUGCAACCAUUCUCAAGAUGUUAGAGGUGGAACACCCGGCUGCCAAGGUGCUGGUGGAAUUGGCUGAACUCCAAGACAAAGAAGUAGGAGAUGGAACAACUUCAGUGGUAAUAGUAGCCGCAGAGUUGCUAAAGAGAGCUAAUGAUUUAGUGAGGAACAAGAUCCAUCCAACAUCUAUUAUUAGUGGAUACCGACUUGCAAUGAGGGAGGCUUGCAAAUAUGUUGAGGAAAAAUUGGCCGUGAAGGUUGAAAAGCUUGGGAAGGAUUCUUUGGUGAACUGUGCAAAAACCAGCUUGUCCUCAAAAUUGGUUGCUGGUGACAGUGACUUCUUCGCAAAUUUGGUUGUUGAUGCUGUACAAUCAGUAAAGAUGACAAAUGUACGAGGUGAAAUCAGAUAUCCAAUCAAGGGUAUUAACAUUCUGAAAGCUCAUGGUAAAAGUGCAAGAGAUAGUUACCUGCUGAAUGGGUAUGCUCUAAAUACUGGGCGUGCUGCUCAAGGAAUGCCUACAAGAGUUUCACCUGCUAGAAUUGCAUGUCUUGAUUUCAAUCUUCAGAAGACAAAGAUGCAAUUGGGUGUACAAGUUGUUGUGACUGAUCCCAGGGAGCUUGAGAAAAUUCGUCAAAGGGAAGCUGAUAUGACCAAGGAGCGGAUUGGGAAACUUUUGAAAGCUGGAGCCAAUGUGAUUUUAACUACCAAAGGAAUUGAUGACAUGGCUCUAAAGUACUUCGUCGAGGCUGGAGCUAUUGCUGUGAGGCGUGUCCGCAAAGAGGAUAUGCGCCAUGUUGCCAAGGCCACUGGUGCAACCAUGGUGGGAACGUUUGCUGAUAUGGAAGGGGAUGAGACCUUUGAUUCUUCACUUAUUGGGCAUGCUGAUGAAGUUAUUGAAGAGCGUAUUGCAGAUGAUGAUGUAGUUAUGAUAAAAGGGACAAAGACCACUAGUGCGGUUUCCCUGAUUCUUAGAGGAGCAAAUGACUAUAUGCUUGAUGAGAUGGAGAGAUCUCUGCAUGAUGCUUUAUCCAUAGUGAAGAGGACCUUGGAGUCCAACACGGUGGUAGCAGGUGGAGGUGCUGUUGAGUCUGCCUUAUCCGUGUACCUGGAGUACCUUGCCACGACUCUCGGAUCACGAGAGCAGUUGGCAAUUGCUGAAUUUGCUGAAUCUUUACUGAUCAUACCAAAGGUGCUUGCUGUCAAUGCUGCUAAGGAUGCAACUGAGUUGGUUGCAAAGCUAAGAGCCUGCCACCACAAUGCACAAACAAAAGCUGACAAGAAGCAUCUCUCCAGCAUGGGACUAGACCUUUCAAAAGGUACCGUCCGUAACAACUUAGAAGCUGGAGUAAUUGAACCUGCAAUGAGCAAAGUGAAGAUUAUUCAGUUUGCCACAGAAGCAGCCAUAACGAUUCUUCGAAUAGAUGACAUGAUCAAACUUGUCAAGGAUGACGGCCAGAAUGAUGAAGAAUAGUCUUCUUAUCUGUUUAUUGUUGCACGGUGUUGGCCCCGAGAAUGGUAAAGAUUUUGUCAGCAGUGGUUCUCUUAGUUUCGUGUUGGAAGGAGACGUUGCUGGAAGAAGUUAGGGAGUUACGGUUGUUCUUCCUGCCGCUGUGUGUUUGGAGACAGUGCAGGAAAUGUCGGUGCUGACUACUAUGAAUUUUGUUGUCCUGAUUCUCGGUCAGUUUGUAAGAUUUUGUACUAGUGGAACUUAUCUUCAGAGAUGGAUGUAGUUAAUCUUUCUUGUAGAUUAUCAACCCACACCAAAAGCUCCUCUUUUGACCUCAAUUUUUCCUGUACUUGUUCACCAAUCCUUUGUGCUGUGGCCGGCUGCUGAUUGCACUUGUGAAAUCUGCGGACACACUCCGAAUUCGACCAAACCUGCCGAUAAUUCUCUAUACUAGUACUAGGGAUGUGCACGUGGUUGGUUAACCCGCAUGUUAAUAUCGAUUCACCCGCAAAUAACCCUAGCAGUAAGCA